AUGGACUUUGGAUCCUUGAUGGGAGAUCACCUGGUGGCGAACCCGGUGGUCUCCAGCGAAAGCUGCGGUGGGCUGCAGGAGUUGAAUCCAACUAUCCCUUGCGGCGGACAAGAGGGAUCAAGAGGUGCCAGCUUCCUUCUCGGUUCCCGCUGGCACCAGCGCUGCCGGAGCUUGCGCCGCAGCCGCCUGCAAGCUGUGGUGGACAAGGACGAGCAUGUGCUUGCAACGCGACGUUGGCUGGAUGAGGUGGUCAUCGGCUACAACUUCUGCCCCUAUGCAGGCCCAACAGAGGAGGCUCGGCAGAUUCGCAUUGUCGCCAGCUCGGCACGGUCUCCGGAGGGAGUGCUGGAGGACCUGUCCAUGGAGGCCACGCGUCUGCCAACGGUUGCUCAGAAGAGCAUCGAGCCGGGUCAGCCAGCAACUACCCUUUUGGUGUGCCCGCACGUAAUGGAAUGGGAGUCCUUUGACGACUUCCGAGCCUUCUACGAGUCCGAGCUGGCAAAUGGCUACAUCUAUGCAGAGCAAGACCUCUACAUCGUGUAUUUCCAUCCAUCCUACGGGCAGGGCACGGCGGAGCCACUGCGAGAGGGGGACGUGGUCGAUCUUGGCGGAGAUGCAGCGACGGUCUUGGACACUGCAGCCGGCUUUGGGGCCAGUGGGCAACCCUUGGCCAAGGUGAGUCUGGCCAGCGGUGAGGAGUCCUUCAUAGAGCUGCCGGUGCCCCCGGACCACACGGAGCAGAUCGUUUCCUGCGCCCCGCGGCCUGCCUUGCACCUGCUUCGCACCCGAGAUCUGGAGGAGGCGAAUGAUGCGGAGAUCCACAGGCGAAACACCGACACAAUCGCGACAGUGGGCGAAGAGCGAAUCCGCAAUAAGAUUGAGCGAUGUGGAUGA